AACUGCUUUACCGACAGAGUCGAAGAGACGCAUGCGCGUCGUGCGUUUUGUUUUUUUCUCUUUUUCUAUUGGUUUGUUUUGUGAUUUGUGUCAUGUCCCGAACCCUUGCUUGUAUUAUCCAUAGCUUGUGUAUUUUAUGUUAUUUAAAUUAAUUACGAUUAUUUCAAAAGUUUGAUGGUAGAAUAAGUAACUUAACUAUUUAUAGUAUUGUGAUGAUAAGUGCUGUGAAUAAAUAUAGUAUUCAGCGCUGGGAAACUAAAGCGGCACCGUGGAGUCACGAAAACGAAGGUAAUUUGGAUGUAAGCUUAAGAAGCUGAUAUGCGAAUAAGAUGUACCGUUUUGUAAGUAACAGACAUUCCUUCCUAGGAUUAUGAACCAGACAAGCUACCCCUUAAGUGGUUUUCAUAUCGAAGUUAAAAUUCCUUGUGACGGAAUAAACAUUCCGAUAAUGUCAAAAUUUCAACAUAUUUCGUCCGCUCCAAGUUUGUCUGUCAUACUGAUUGUGACACUAACUUACAGAUUCUGUUAUUCAAAACCGAAGACGCCAAGGUUUCCUUAGUAAUUUAAUUUAAAGGCCUCAUACAUUCGAUGAUGAAUGAAUGUAUAAAUAAGUUGCCUAAUUUAACAAAUUUACAUAGGAGAAAAGUGGAACAGCUAUUUGUUUUUCAAAUGUCUUGUAUUAAAGAAAGAAAGUAUUUUGAAAAACUGAGAGAUUGUACUGCAACGUCAAAGAACGUGACAAUAAGUGCGACACCUGUCCCGACACCGGUGAAUAACGGCCUUCGUACUAACGCUACGUAACCGAUAUCACGAAUGCAUGGAAAAACUUGAACGCAUAACGGCGAAUCUAAACCACAUCUGCGCUUUCCUAUACACUGACAUACAUCAUAUAAACCCAUUUGUAAACGUCGUUUCUGCGCUACUUCUAGCAAAUUGGGACUUUUCUUAUAAUGUUAGGCACUCAGAGUCAUCAUUACCCUAGUAGGUUUCGUCCGAAAUAUUAUACUGCCUCGCUCGUAAUUGUUAUCUAUGUACAAGCAUUACUUAACUACCUAUUACCUAUACCCUCACGUUCGUGUUUUCGUAAUUGCUUUAUACGUCGUGCCUAAUUCAGGUAAAAUACGACCUGCCUCCGUUCUUCCAUUCAAAGCUAGUUUUUUUUUUUAAGGUUUGCCUCCUAAAUAAUAGUCGUAGAUUUUUUUACAUAAAACUUUAAAAAAGGUGUUGAAAACGUCCGAUAUAGUUUUUAAUUAAAUACUUACCAAGAUAACAUCUAUCUCUACGUGAUUAAUGUGUUCCGUAUUAUUUUCCGAACACAGCGUUAUAUAUGGUGUACGUGAAGUAAUAGCAUUCUACACUAUCGAUACGGCAAACAUCUAACGGAGUGAGUUGCGUGGGGGAAAUGGACCGAGAGCCUGUGCACGCGCACCGGUAUAAUAGAUCGUCACCCGUCCCAGUUGGUUUCGGCGCGUUGCACCGAGCACGUGUAUUUACAACAUUUUGUGUUUAUAUACACACACAAACAUUAUGUGCAUAUCUUUAAAUACCGUUAUAAAUCACUUUCUGUUGUGAUAUCUUCCAGUGGUGCCGAUAAUGGGAUCGAUAUUCACCAUUCAGUGUUGCCUUGUUUCUAACGGAGUAUGUUGACGUUGUGUACUGUUUAAAAAACAAUUAGGCCUUAUAUGUAUUGCAUUGCUUCGUGGCCGUAUUUGUACGUACAAGAGCGGGGUGCGCUCAGUGAGGGGCGGGGGCGGCGGCGGCGCGGAGGAGGCGCGGCGCGGCGGCCUCAAGGCGCUGCCCAAGCGCGCCCGCACUCGCUGUAGGGGCAUGAACAUGGGGCAAAAGCUGUCCGGCGGAGUCAAGUCGGUGUCGCGCGAGUGCACGGCGCCCUUCAAGGCGGUAGUUGCGCGCGAGCUGGCGCCCGAGCCGCCGCGGCCCGCGCGUCUGGACGCGCUGCUAGACGCGCCGCCCGCGCAUCCCGAGCUGCAGCUCAAGCACGCUUGGAACCCAGACGACAGAUCACUAAACAUAUUCGUAAAGGAAGAAGAUGCAUUAACGUUCCACCGGCACCCAGUAGCUCAGAGUACAGACUGUAUCAGAGGCCGGGUGGGCUACUCUCGCGGACUCCACUGUUGGGAAGUUGUGUGGCCGGCGAGACAAAGAGGAACACACGCGGUCGUCGGAGUGGCUACCGCGCACGCACCCUUACAUUCUGUGGGUUAUCAGAGCCUAGUCGGCGCUACUGACCAGAGCUGGGGCUGGGAUUUGGGCAGAAAUAAGGUAUACCACAACGCGAAAGGCACAGGCGGCAGCGGCACGACGUACCCGGCGUUACUGCGGCCCGACGAGCAGUUCCUAGUCCCCGACCGGCUGCUGGUGGUGCUGGACAUGGACGAGGGCACGCUGGCCUUCUGCGCGGACGGACGGUAUCUGGGAGUGGCGGCCAGGGGCCUGCGCGGGAAGACGCUGCACCCUAUCGUGUCCGCCGUCUGGGGCCAUGCCGAGAUCACCAUGAAAUACAUCGGGGGGCUCGAUCCCGAACCCUUACCGCUGAUGGAGCUGUGCAGACGCGUGAUCCGGCAGCGCGUGGGGCGGCCGCGGCUGCGCGCGGCGGCGUCCCGCCUGGCGCUGCCGCCCGCGCUCACCGCCUACCUGCUGUACCGCGCGCCCUAGCCCGAGCCCCACGCGGCCCCGGGCCAGGCC